AUCACUUUAUAAUUUUCAUCGUUUGUUAGAUCCACUUAUAAUCCUGAAAUAAUUAUUUCUUUUUUUUCAACUCUAACCAUAAGAUUAUGAUACAAUCAGAUUAUGAGCACAAUACUUCAAAAGAGGCUUUAACCACAACGUAACAUGAAGAUGAGGACACAAAAUAUCACCUAGAAACACUCAUUUGGUUCUUAAGCUACUAUGUCACUCAUCAUCCAGUCACUUUGACCACACAAUUAAACCACUUGGUUACAAAAGACAAGAUUCAAAAAAUAUCAAACCAAUUACUUACUUUUAGUAUGGCGGUAACUAAUCAAAAGGUUAAUUCUUAUUAAUUAGUUACUCAACAAAAUCAUUAUGAAGUGGAAACAAAUGUGAAACAAACAAAAAAAAGCUAACAAGUUGACGAGUAGUAAACCACGUAAGAAUCAAACAUGGGCCCCUGGCCCAAUAACAUUAAACCCUGUAAAUUCUUCCCACUUGGCAAGAUCCGCGGAGUUUAAACUCGUUAAUGAUGUCCACGUGGACCUUAAACUCAAUCUCUUUUAUAUAAAAAGAUCAAAAUCCACUUUUCACGGCAUGGAUUCUUCAUCUCUACGGAGAAUUCAAUCACUCUUGAUCAGAUUCUCUACGAUGUCUCCCUGAAACUCUCUCUCUCGAGAUCUCGUAACGAUGGCGAGAGGAAGAGCGGGUGAGAAAGAGGAACACAUAGGGCUACUAAAGCUAGCUCAAACGCUGUCGUUUCUCCUCAUAUUCAUGGCCGGGAUCAUCAUCGGACUCGCCGCGAGCUCCCACAUCGAUCGCUACUUCAAUUCCUUACCUCAGAUGCUCUCAUCAUCCGCAAGCGUACAAACGGUUCCUGAUUACUCCAAUUGCACAGUCAUCCACCGCGAUUGCUCAAACGACGACGACGACGUAAAGGCGGCGAAGAAGAAGGACGAGAUUCGUGAUUGCUGGAGCGUCGACGGGUUUGUUCGGCCGGAGGAGGUGAGACAUGGGAUGAGUGACGAUGAGCUGUUCUGGAGAGCGUCGAUGGUUCCGGUGAAGGAGGAGUAUCCGUACGAUAGGGUUCCGAAGGUUGCGUUUAUGUUUCUGACGAGGGGGGCUUUGCCUAUGCUUCCGCUUUGGGAGAAGUUUUUUAGAGGGAAUGAGAAGUUCUUGUCGGUUUAUGUUCACACGCCUCCUGGGUACGACAUGAAUGUCUCGAGUGAUUCUCCGUUUUACAACCGGCAGGUUCCGAGCCAGGCUUCUUUUUUCACGAAGCUCGGAUUGAAAGUUGCAUGGGGAUCACCACUAUUGACAGAUGCAGAGAAGCGUCUUCUAGCCAACGCAUUGCUCGACUUCUCAAACGAGCGUUUUGUUCUCCUCUCAGAAAGCUGCGUCCCCGUCUACAACUUCACAACCGUCUACUCAUACCUAAUAAACUCUGCCUACAGUUUUGUGGACUCUUACGACGAGCCAACGCGUUACGGCCGUGGGCGUUACAGCCGCAAGAUGCUCCCAGAUAUCAAGCUACAUCACUGGCGCAAAGGGUCUCAGUGGUUUGAAGUAAACCGUAAAAUCGCCAUCUACAUCAUCUCUGACUCGAAAUACUACUCGUUGUUCAAAAAAUUCUGCAGACCAGCUUGUUAUCCAGACGAGCAUUACAUCCCAACGUUACUGAACAUGUUUCACGGUUCGGUGAACGCGAAUAGAAGUGUGACGUGGGUUGAUUGGUCCAUAGGAGGUCCGCAUCCAGCUACAUACGGGGCGGAUAAUAUCACAGAAGGGUUUCUACAGUCAAUAAGAAAGAACGAUACUGAUUGUCUUUACAAUGAAGAGCCAACUUCUUUAUGCUUCCUUUUUGCUCGGAAGUUUGCUCCUAGUGCCUUAGCUCCUCUUAUGAACUUGAGCUCUACAGUCAUGGGGUUUUGAGUAAACAGCUGACUUUUUCCUCUUAGGGAUUCUUCUACGAGAGAUAUACAUAGGUUAAUGAUCUCUUCUUUUUCAUUUUUUUUUGUUAUUAGUUCCUUUGGUUUUGACUCAUGUAAAGGUUGAGCCUUUUGUAUGUAAGAGUUUUGCUUCUGCCGACCUGCAGAGCUUAGCUAAUCUAGUUAAUAGAUUACCAACAUUUAUUCUUUUUCAUCAACAUUUUAUAAGAUGAAAUUAUAU